AUGUUCACUCCAAGUUUCUUUCUUUCUCCCCUUUCCCUUGUCCACAAUCCGCUGAAGUCGACGAACGGCGCGAAGGGCAAGGUGGCGACGACGCAGGCGGCGGGGUCGACGUACGACAUCUACGACGGCUCAUGGGUGUCCGACCGCGCCCACCGCCCCGCCUACGACAUGUCCUCGUGCCCCUUUCUCAAGUGCGAAUCGCGUGAGAAGCAUCCCUUCCUCGCCUGCACGUGCAGCCUCACCCUGCAUCCCCUUCCCUCGCCCCACCUUCCCUGGCAGCACACCUUCCCUUCACCAUCACCCGCUCUUCCUCUUUACCUCGCUCUCCCGCCCUCUCCCUCCCGCAACAGCCUAGCGGCGGCGGACAGCAAGGUGACGGCGUCGAGCACGAGCAAUGUGCGGCUGGGAGCUCACCUUCCCUUCACCGUCCGCCGCACCUCCUCUUAA